CGUAAGAAACAGGGCAGCUUAGAAGAGGUACCUGCUUUCCAAUAAUUGCCUUUAGUGGGAGCAGAAAAGCCUCCUUACAGGAAGUUUUUAAUUCAUUUAGACUUCAUUUUACUUUUUUGAAGAACAACAACAAAAAAUUAUUUCUGGAAGAGACUGCUGAGAAGAUCCCCUUCCUUUGGCCAGAAGAGCAGAGAAGACUGUAAAUCAAGGAAAAGGUCCCGCGAGCGAGAGGAUACGAUGCUGCGGCGGCUGGUUCAGCAGUGGAGCGUCGCGGUGUUCCUGCUGAGCUACUCGGUGCCCUCCUGCGGGCGCUCGGUGGAGGAACUCGGCCGCCGGCUCAAAAGAGCUGUGUCUGAACAUCAGCUCCUUCAUGACAAGGGGAAAUCUAUCCAAGAUUUACGACGACGAUUCUUCCUUCACCACCUGAUUGCAGAAAUCCACACAGCUGAAAUCAGAGCUACCUCGGAGGUUUCCCCCAACUCCAAGCCUGCUCCCAACACAAAGAACCACCCAGUCCGAUUUGGGUCUGACGAUGAGGGCAGAUACCUAACUCAGGAAACCAACAAGGUGGAGACAUACAAAGAGCAGCCACUGAAGACACCCGGCAAGAAAAAGAAAGGUAAACCUGGAAAACGCAAGGAGCAGGAAAAAAAGAAACGGCGAACUCGGUCUGCCUGGCUAAACUCUGGUGUGGCUGGGAGUGGGCUAGAUGGGGACCACCCAUGUGACAUCUCUGCGACAUCGCUGGAGCUCAAUUUACGGAGGCAUUGAAAUCUUUAGCAAAGACAUUCAGAGGACGUAUUACAGGAUUCUGUAAUAGUGAACAUAUGGAAAGUAUUAGAAAUAUUUAUUGUCUGUAAAUACUGUAAAUGCAUUGGAAUAAAACUGUCUUCCCAUUGCUCUAUGAAACUGCACAUUGGUCAUUGUGAAUAUUUUUUUGCCAAGGCUAAUCCAAUUAUUAUUAUCACAUUUACCAUAAUUUAUUUUGUCAACUGAUGUAUUUAUUUUGUAAAUGUAUCUUGGUGCUGCUGAAUUUCUAUAUUUUUUGUAACAUAAUGCACUUUAGAUAUACAUAUCAAGUAUGUUGAUAAAUGACACAAUAAAGUGUCUCUAUUUUGUGGUUGAUUUUAAUAAUGCCUAAAUAUAAUUAUCCAAACUGAUUUUCCUCUGUGCAUGUAAAAAUAGCAGUAUUUUAAAUUUGUAAAGAAUGUCUAAUAAAAUAUAAUCUAAAUUA